UUUGGCAGAGCACUGCGGGGGCUGUUUGGGUGAAUUGAGGAGGACACCGAAGUCAGAGUGGAUGGAAUACAUGGCAGGAGUGGUAGAGCUGAAGAGUUUAAAGGACUACACUGUUGAAUGAUAAGUGUUUGCUUUUUUCAUUAUUUUUUUUUUAACCCACUUGUUUGGGCAGUUUUCAUUUCUGCUUCAUAUUACAACCACCAAGGAUUUUCAGCCCCCAAUGGCCUUCGUUUAUCAAAGAGAUUUGAAAAAGAAAAGGCAGUGUUACAAAAAUGGCUGCAGUCUACUGACCUCACUAGAGAAGUAUACCAGCAUUUAGCCCACUAUGUACCCAAAAUCUACUGCAGGGGUCCCAACCCUUUUCCACAGAGAGAAGACAUGCUGGCACAGCUUGUCUUAUUGGGACCAAUGGAAUGGUACAUUUGUGGUGAAGAUCCUGCAUUUGGAUUUCCAAAACUUGAACAAGCAAACAAACCUUCUCAUCUUUGUGGUCGUGUUUUUAAAGUAGGAGAGCCUACUUACUCUUGCAGAGACUGUGCAGUUGAUCCAACUUGUGUUUUAUGCAUGGAGUGCUUUUUGGGAAGUAUUCACAGAGACCAUCGAUACAGGAUGACAACGUCAGGAGGUGGAGGUUUCUGUGACUGUGGUGACACUGAAGCUUGGAAAGAGGGUCCUUACUGUGAAAAACACAAACUUAACACCUCUGAAAUUGAGGAGGAAGAGGAUCCUCUCAUUCAUUUACCAGAAGAUGUGAUAACAAGAACUUACAACAUUUUUGCUAUUAUGUUUCAUUAUGCAGUAGAGAUAUUAACCUGGGAAAAAGAAAGUGAAUUACCAGCAGAUUUAGAGAUGGUAGAGAAGACUGACACCUACUAUUGCAUGCUGUUUAAUGAUGAGGUUCAUACCUACGAACAAGUUAUUUACACUCUUCAGAAAGCUGUUAACUGUACACAAAAAGAAGCCAUUGGCUUUGCAACUACAGUAGAUCGAGAUGGACGUAGGUCUGUUCGAUAUGGAGACUUCGCGUAUUGUGAGCAAGCAAAAUCAGUAAUUGUGAGGAAUACCAGUAGACAGACAAAGCCACUUAAAGUUCAAGUUAUGCAUUCGUCUAUUGUUGCGCAUCAGAAUUUUGGUUUGAAACUUUUGUCUUGGCUGGGAAGCAUUAUUGGAUAUUCAGAUGGCCUUCGCCGAAUUUUAUGUCAAGUUGGUUUACAAGAAGGGCCAGAUGGUGAAAAUUCUUCUCUCGUGGAUAGAUUGAUGCUCAAUGAUUCCAAAUUGUGGAAAGGUGCUAGGAGUAUGUAUCAUCAGUUGUUCAUGAGCAGUCUACUUAUGGAUUUGAAAUACAAGAAACUGUUUGCUGUUCGAUUUGCAAAGAAUUACCAGCAGAUGCAGAGAGAUUUUAUGGAGGAUGAUCACGAGCGAGCAGUGUCCGUGACUGCUCUGUCUGUCCAGUUCUUCACCGCACCUACUCUGGCUCGGAUGCUUAUCACAGAAGAAAACCUACUGACCAUUAUCAUUAAGACUUUUAUGGAUCAUUUGAGACAUCGAGAUGCCCAGGGUAGAUUUCAGUUUGAACGAUAUACUGCUUUACAAGCCUUCAAAUUUAGAAGAGUUCAGAGCCUUAUUUUAGACCUCAAGUAUGUGUUGAUUAGCAAACCAACGGAAUGGUCAGAUGAUCUCAGGCAGAAGUUCCUAGAAGGAUUUGAUGCCUUUUUGGAAUUACUCAAAUGUAUGCAGGGAAUGGAUCCAGUGACACGUCAAGUAGGACAGCAUAUUGAAAUGGAACCAGAAUGGGAAGCAGCCUUCACAUUGCAAAUGAAAUUAACACAUGUGAUUUCAAUGAUGCAGGACUGGUGUGCUUUAGAUGAAAAAGUGUUAAUUGAAGCUUACAAGAAAUGCCUUGCUGUAUUGAUGCAGUGUCAUGGUGGUUUUACUGAUGGUGAACAGCCAGUCACAUUAAGCAUUUGUGGACAUUCAGUGGAAACUAUCAGAUACUGUGUUUCUCAAGAAAAAGUUAGCAUUCACCUCCCCAUUUCUCGCUUACUUGCAGGUUUGCACGUGUUAUUAAGCAAAAGUGAAGUGGCAUAUAAAUUUCCAGAGCUCCUACCUCUAAGUGAACUCAGCCCACCCAUGUUGAUAGAACACCCUCUUAGAUGCCUUGUUUUAUGUGCCCAAGUACACGCAGGAAUGUGGAGGAGAAAUGGGUUCUCUCUGGUAAACCAGAUUUAUUACUACCAUAAUGUGAAAUGCAGACGUGAAAUGUUUGACAAGGAUAUAAUAAUGCUUCAGACAGGUGUCUCCAUGAUGGAUCCAAAUCAUUUCCUGAUGAUAAUGCUCAGUCGCUUCGAACUUUAUCAGAUUUUCAGUACUCCAGACUAUGGAAAAAGACUUAGUUCUGAAAUUACCCAUAAGGAUGUAGUCCAGCAAAACAACACUCUGAUAGAAGAAAUGCUGUACCUCAUUAUAAUGCUGGUUGGAGAGAGAUUUAGUCCUGGCGUUGGACAGGUAAACGCUACAGAUGAAAUUAAGCGAGAGAUUAUCCAUCAGUUGAGCAUCAAACCUAUGGCUCAUAGUGAAUUGGUAAAGUCUUUACCUGAAGAUGAGAACAAGGAGACUGGCAUGGAGAGUGUCAUUGAAGCAGUUGCCCAUUUCAAGACCGUUUUUCCCCCUAGGAAGCCUGGAUUAACAGGAAGAGGCAUGUAUGAACUGAAACCAGAAUGUGCCAAAGAGUUCAGCUUAUAUUUCUAUCACUUUUCAAGGGCAGAGCAGUCCAAGGCAGAGGAAGCUCAACGGAAAUUAAAAAGACAAAAUAGGGAAGAUACAGCGCUUCCACCUCCAGCUUUGCCUCCAUUCUGCCCUCUGUUUGCAAGCCUGGUUAACAUUUUGCAGUCAGAUGUCAUGUUGUACAUCAUAAGAACAAUACUGCACUGGGCUGUGGAACAUAAUGGAUAUGCCUGGUCUGAGUCCAUGUUGCAAAGGGUGUUACAUUUAAUUGGAAUGGCACUACAAGAAGAAAAACAGCAUUUGGAGAAUGUCAUGGAGGAGCAUGUAGUAACAUUUACCUUUGCUCAGAAGAUAUCAAAACCUGGUGAAGCACCAAACACCUCCCCCAGCAUACUAGCAAUGCUGGAAACACUGCAGAAUGCUCCUUACCUGGAAGUCCACAAAGACAUGAUUAGGUGGAUAUUAAAGACUUUUAAUGCUAUUAAGAAAAUGAGGGAGAGUUCAUCCGCCAGUUCUGUGGCAGAGACAGAAGGAACCAUAACAGAAGAGAGUUCAAGAGACAAAGACAAGGCUGAGAGAAAGAGAAAAGCUGAGAUUGCCAGACUGCGCCGGGAAAAGGUCAUGGCCCAGAUGUCUGAGAUGCAGCGGAACUUCAUUGACGAGAACAAAGACCUCUUCCAACAGACAGUAGCAGAGGAAGCCUCUAACUUUGCUGUUCUUGACAAUAGCCCUAUGGUGUCAGAUACAACACUUACAGCAUUGGGCCCAGCACAAACUCAGGUCCCUAAACAAAGACAAUUUGUUACCUGUAUUUUGUGUCAAGAGGAGCAAGAGGUGAAGGUGGAAAGCAAGGCAAUGGUACUAGCAGCAUUUGUUCAAAGAUCAACUGUAUUAUCAAAAAACAGAAAUAAAGUCAUUCAGGAUCCAGAAAAAUACGAUCCAUUAUUCAUGCACCCUGAUCUGUCCUGUGGAACACACACUGGUAGCUGUGGACACGUUAUGCAUGCCCAUUGUUGGCAAAGGUAUUUUGAUUCCGUUCAAGCUAAAGAACAGCGAAGGCAACAGAGAUUACGUUUACAUACAAGCUAUGAUGUAGAAAAUGGAGAAUUCCUUUGUCCCCUUUGUGAGUGCUUGAGUAACACUGUUAUUCCACUGCUGCUUCCUCCAAGAAAUAUUUUUAACAACAGGUUAAAUUUUUCAGACCAACCAAAUCUGACUCAGUGGAUUAGAACCAUAUCUCAGCAAAUAAAAGCAUUACAGGUUCUUAGGAAAGAAGAAAGUAUUCCUAAUAUUGCCUCUUCAAAGAAUUCAGAAAAUAUGGAUGAAUUGCAGCUCCCUGAAGGGUUUAGGCCUGAUUUUCAUCCUAAGAACCCUUAUUCUGAUAGCAUAAAAGAAAUGCUGACAACAUUUGGAACUGCUACUUACAAGGUGGGACUAAAGGUUCAUCCCAAUGAAGAAGAUCCCCGAGUGCCCAUAAUGUGUUGGGGUAGUUGUGCAUACACCAUCCAAAGCAUAGAAAGAAUUUUAAGUGAUGAAGAUAAACCAUUAUUUGGUCCUUUGCCUUGCAGACUGGAUGACUGUCUUAGGUCACUAACAAGAUUCGCUGCAGCGCACUGGACAGUGGCAUUACUUUCAGUGGUGCAAGGGCACUUCUGUAAACUUUUUGCAUCAUUGGUACCUAAUGACAAUUAUGGAGACCUUCCAUGCAUAUUAGAUAUUGACAUGUUUCAUUUAUUGGUGGGCUUGGUGCUUGCUUUCCCUGCGUUGCAGUGUCAGGACUUUUCAGGGAUCAGCCUUGGCACUGGAGACCUCCAUAUUUUCCAUCUGGUUACUAUGGCACACAUCAUCCAGAUCCUGCUUACCUCAUGUACAGAAGAGAAUGGAAUGGAUCAAGAAACUCCUGCUGGUGAAGAAGAAUUAGCAGUUCUUGCUUUGUAUAAAACACUUCGCCAGUAUACAGGAAGUGCUUUGAAAGAAAUACCCUCUGGCUGGCACCUGUGGAGGAGUGUCAGAGCUGGCAUCAUGCCCUUCCUGAAAUGUUCUGCUUUGUUUUUUCAUUACUUAAAUGGAGUUCCUUCCCCACCUGAAAUUCAAGUUUCUGGAACAAGCCAUUUUGAACAUUUAUGUAACUAUCUUUCCCUGCCAAACAACCUCAUUUGCCUUUUUCAAGAAAAUAGUGAAAUAACGAAAUUACUGGUUGAAAGUUGGUGUCAGCACAUUGAAGUUAAAAGAUAUCUGGAAGGUGAAAGAGAUGCUAUUAGCUAUCCAAGAGAAUCUAACAAAUUGAUAGACCUUCCAGAGGAUUACAGCAGCCUCAUUAAUCAAGCCUCUAAUUUCUCGUGCCCCAAAUCAGGCGGUGAUAAGAGCAGAAUCCCAACUCUGUGCCUUGUGUGUGGAACUCUGCUGUGCUCCCAGAGCUACUGCUGCCAGGCCGAAGUGGAAGGGGAGGAUGUGGGUGCUUGCACGGCUCACACCUACUCCUGUGGUUCUGGAGUGGGCAUCUUCCUGAGAGUACGGGAGUGUCAGGUGCUAUUUCUAGCCGGCAAAACCAAAGGCUGUUUUUAUUCUCCUCCGUACCUUGAUGACUAUGGGGAGACUGACCAGCUACUCAGACGGGGGAAUCCUUUACAUUUGUGCAAAGAGCGAUUUAAGAAGAUUCAGAAGCUCUGGCACCAGCACAGUAUCACGGAGGAAAUCGGACAUGCACAGGAAGCAAAUCAGACACUGGUUGGCAUUGACUGGCAACAUUUAUAGUCACUGCGCUACCGGAAACAUAAACUCGGAUUUUUGUGACCCAGCAGCUUUUCAAGAAAAAGAAUAGGAAAUCAAUUCCACUGGAUUUGGAAAUAAAUUCUUUAGUUAGCUUUUCUUCCCAGUUUUAUUUUUAUAGUUUCUGGCUCUAGGGACUGAUGAAAAUCAUCUUCCGUCAGCAUAUUUUCUUGCACCAUUUGCUGUAUCCCUCAAACAUAACUUCUUGCAAGAAGCUUCUCUUCCUGGGCUGGGCACAGCCCCCCUGUGGGUACCUGACUGCGUCUGUCUGACCGUUCCCAGUCAUCUGAGCCAGGUGACAGUACUGACGGCAGGGCACUGUGUGCCUGAAGCUGAGUCACCAGCAGGAGGAAACAGUCUCUGCUCUAUUGGGGUCACAUGUCCUAGUCCUGUUCAGUGACUCAACAUGGACUAGGUUGGCGUCCCCUCUGCUGACGGACCCACCUCUAAGAGCAAAGCAGUGGAUUUGGAAAGCAGCUUUCCCUUGUCUGCGUCGUCUGUCAGAGGACGAGGGCACUUGUGCCUGAGGAACCCCUGUGAGGAACGGGAGGCAGUUGUUUCUUCAAAUGCUGGGUGGUUUUCAGAGCUGUGAAAGGUUGGAUUUUUUAUUUUAUUUUCUUUGGCAAGACUUCUGUCUUUGAGAGAGAAAAACUCAUUUUAAAGGGCUUUUUGAAAAGUUAUAGAGUAUCCUUAUUUUUCAGACAAUAUAUUCUUUUAUUUCUAAGACUAAAUGGAGAAGUGUAUGCCUCUAAAAUCAAACACUAGCAGGGAAAAAAAAGAACUGUUUUGAAGUUCCCAUCCCCCCUUCCCCACUCGCAUUUCCUGGAAAGAUGGAUUGCUGGUUACGUGCUGGCUCACUUAGUACAUUCCUGGGACAGCCCGUGUGCCCAGGGUUUUUAUUCUUUCUAAACAUUACUGUUUUUACUAAGAGGUGCCUUCCUAGAAUGAUAGCCGCUUAGUAAAAUUGAUUAUAACUAUUAUAUACCACACGGCCACUCUGUUUGGUGUACAUGUGCCAGGAGCUUGGAUGCACAGAAUGAUGGCAGGUUUUGUGGAGGAAUAAAUCCGGAGCCUCUCUAAGAUGAGGCUAAGGGACAAAUGAAUAAAGAAAGGCUCUUGGAUUUUUUUUUUUUUUU